AUGGAUCCAAAAAUAUUUUAUGGAAGCAGUAAAUAUGUUACGAAUGUACCGGAAAACAAUGAAAGUGAUGAUCCCGAUUUGUCAGACGAUGAAGACACAAAUAAUCCAAUAAUUAAUGAUAAUAUAUUAGCAUUUGACAGCGACGACAACAGUGAGCCUGAAGGAGAUUAUGAUGAGACAGUCAUUUCUGAAACAGAUGUAGAAUCUGACGAUAGUGAAAAUAUGACUCUACACGAAAUUGCAGAGAAGAUGAAUCCAAGCGCCUGGAGAACUGGAAAUCUCGUGAAAGAUCCAAAGGAUCUAGAAUUUACAGGCAAUAUGAAUAUGCCUCCAGAAGUUACUGACUUAGAAACGCCAUUACAAUUCUUCAAGUUCUUCUUGACUAAGGAAAUCAUAUCAGCAAUAACUAUCGAAUCAAAUUUAUAUUGCUCACAAAAGCGAAUAAACCGUCCUUUGAACCUCACAGAUGAUGAAUUAGAGCGGUUUAUUGGCAUAUGUUUAUAUAUGUCUAUUAUACAACUACCCCAAGCUAGAAACUAUUGGUCGCCACAUUUAGGUCAUCAUAAGGUAUCAGCAGUUAUGACAUGUAACAGGUGGGAAGAAAUCAAAAGAUUUAUUCAUUUCAACAAUAACGAUAAUUUCAUACCUCGUGGUACACCUGGACAUGAUAAAUUAUUCAAAAUAAGACCUUUUCUAGACAGUUUACAAGAAAGACUAAAUAAAAUUCCAGUUGAAGAGAACGUUGCGGUAGACGAACAAAUUAUUCCAACUAAAGCCAGAUCAACAAUAAAACAAUACAAUCCGAAAAAGCCACACAAGUGGGGCUAUAAAGUAUUUGUUUUGAGUGGAAUCUCCGGCUUUAGUUACAGCUUCGACAUUUUUGCUGGAUCUCAGAGCAACGUAGUUCCUGUUGAUGUCCCUGAUUUAGGAACAAGCAGUAAUGUGGUGCUAAAACUUGCCCAAAGAGUCCCUAAGCAUAUGAACCAUAAAAUAUUUUUCGAUAAUUGGUUCACCAGUGUCCCACUUGUGGUUUACUUGAGCAAAAAUGGCAUUCUUCCUCUUGGUACUGCGCGCUUGAAUCGAAUUCCAGGUUGUAAAAUGCUAUCGGAAAAGGAAUUCAAGAAACUUGGAAGAGGAUCUUGGCAAGAAAAAACUGCUAUCAAAGAUGAUGUGAAAUUAAGUACUGUUUGCUGGUAUGACAACAAAAUUGUCACAACUCUGUCAUCUUAUGUCGGCUCGCAACCAAUUGGAAGUAAGCAAAGGUUUUUUAGAAGCGAGAAAUGCUACAAAGAUGUGCAAUGUCCGCAAACAAUCCUAAAAUAUAAUGAAUACAUGUGA